UUUCCGGCUGUGGCGAGGCCAGUCGCGGAUCUUUUCUUCGGGGGGGCAGCGGCCGUGACAAAGGGGCGAUGGAUAGCGAGUUCUCGGACGCGGAGGCGGGCCCGGGCGGGGAGGAGAACGCUCCCGUUUACUGCGUGUGCCGCAAACCUGACAUCAACUGCUUCAUGAUUGGGUGCGAUAACUGCAAUGAGUGGUUCCAUGGCGACUGCAUCAACAUCACCGAGAAGAUGGCCAAGGCAAUCCGGGAGUGGUACUGUCUGCAGUGCCGGGAGAAGGACCCCACCUUAGAAAUCCGUUACCGGCACAAAAAAUGGCGGGAGAAAGAGCGAGAGCACGAGAGCGUCAAGGCCCAGGAGCUGGCACUGGAGCAAGGACGGGCAGCCAAGAUCAAGCGAUCGGCACGCAUGUGCGGGGAGUGCGAGGCAUGCCGGCGCCCCGAGGACUGCGGGCAGUGUGAUUUUUGCCGUGACAUGAAGAAAUUCGGGGGUCCCAACAAGAUCCGCCAGAAGUGCCGCUUGCGGCAGUGCCAGCUGCGUGCCCGAGAGUCCUACAAAUACUUCCCCACUUCGGAGCUCUGCGCCGGUGCCUUCGACGAGCACGGCCUGCCGUGGCUCAGCGACCCCGAGGACGCCCCCUUCCUCGACCCCGUCCUGCGCAAACGCGCCGUCAAGGUCAAACACGUCAAGCGGCGGGAGAAGAAAUCGGACAAAAAGAAAGAGGAGCGGUACAAGCGGCACCGGCAGAAGCCGCGGCACCGGGAGCGCAGCCGGCACCCGGAGCGCCCCGACGCCCGCGAUCCCGCCGGAUUGGGCCAAUGCCUGGGCCCCGGCUGCACCCGCCCCGCCCGGCCCCCCUCCAAGUACUGCAGCGAGGCCUGCGGUGUCAAGCUGGCUGCCAAGUGA